UCAUUGCAUCACAUUUCAUUUUCUCUCUAAUAUAUUUAUCUUAUACUAAAUCAAAUUAAGUGUACUACAAAAGAAAAUGUCUUUAGUACCUCUAUUUAACGGUCGCAAAAACCAUUCACGGCACGUACAAAAUUCUCCGCCAACAACAACAAUUACACCUCAAUUCCAAAAGAAUCAUAAUCGUUCUGAUUCUUACGAUCCAACAACAACAAUAAUGCAUCAAUAUAAACCAAAUCGAGGUAAUGAGAAAGAUCUUUAUAAUUAUCCACCACCAACAAGAAAUCAAGAUCUACACAAUCUUUUUAAUCAACUAGCAACAACAAAAUUCACACAUCAAUUCCAAACAAGUCGAGGUCAGAAGGAUCCUUAUGAUCCCUCUCAUAAAUUUUAUCUCGAAACCCCUCGAUCUCUCAUAGCACCAUCACUAUCAUUCCCACAUGUUACUCCAUUUUUAGCUCAAUUUGAGUGUAAUGUAACCCCAGAGGCAUAUGUUUUUAGAGCCAAUAAUUUGCAUGGAUAUAAGAAAGAAGAAGUGAAGGUACAAGUAGAAGAUGAUAGAGUCUUAAAGAUUAGUGGGGAGAAAAAAAUAGUAGAAAAAGAAUAUGACAAUUGGCAUCAUUUUCAGAAAAAAGUUGGCAAGUUUUCAACUGUUUUUAAUUUGCCUGAGGAUGCUGGGGUUGAUAAAGUGAUAUCAACAAUGGAGAAGGAAGUGCUUAUUGUCACUAUUCCUAAGAAGGGAGCGGUCAAGAAAUCACACGUUAGAACAGUUCGAAUAUUCUGAUAUAGAUAUAUUUAUAUUUCGUGUCAAAAAUGUUAUCGUUGAAUAGAGGGUAUACAUCACUUUUUAUUUAUAUAAGACUAAAAUAAGGAGGAAGUGCAAGGUUAAUGGAGUCGAUAUUUUAGUAUGCUUGUGUAAAAAUAAAAGGAAGUGCAAGGUUGUAAUAUUUUAUUUAUAUAGGACUUGGACUGAUCUAUAUUCUCCAACCUUUUUCGA